AUGGAGAAGGCGGUGCAGAUCGAUGCGAAGGAUGCGCCAACAGGGUCCCGUUGCAACUGCGAGAACCGCAGCUUCGAGAAGAAACUCACCUAUCCGAUUCUGGGACAUGUGCAGUGCGACGGCUGUGACCAGGCAAACACUGAUUAUUUCUGGUAG